AUGGGUCUAAGUAUUGAUGAUGAUAAAUGUUUGUUGUGUGGUCUUGAGGCAGAGUCCAGAGAGCAUUUUUUCUUCGAUUGUAGCUUUGCUAAAAGUCAAUGGGGUACUAUCCUUACUUUAUGUGGUGUAUUCCGUAUGGUCAGUAGUUGGGAUGGGGAAUUAGCUUGGGCGACCCAUUGUCUCAAAAGGAAAUCUCUCAUUGUGAAAGUUCUCAAGCUCGCUUGGGCAUGUCACGUUUACUGCAUCUGGAAGGAGAUAAACAACAUGUUAUUUGGGGGCAGUACAAGAUCGGUGGAUGUUGUAUUGCUGGACAUCAAGGAAGCUGUUCGGGUCCGGUUGAUGGGGAAGUUUAUUAACACAACUGACCCGAGAAAUGUUGCCCUCUGUGCAAGCUGGGGUAUACCUCAAACUACGACUUAA